CUGAGAGAUGGAGCAAUAGGAUAAAAUGAGGCUGAGGGAGUUCAGAACCCACGAUUUCAACAGGUAUAGACCAAAAUAUUAAUGCAGGUCAAGCCAUAAAAGAGGAAGAAUAGAGACUCUCUCUGAGAAUUGAAGGUGCACAGUGGAGAGUAGGACAGCAAUAUACAAAGAAUUAACACAGAGAGAGUGGGAGAGAGAGAGGGAGAGAGAGAGGGAGAGAAGGGGGGGCAUAGAAGACAUGACAGUAAAAAAAAACAGAAAAAGGUGGGUGUUACACAAAGAAAAUAAGGAAUGAAGAAAAGCAAGGUGGACUUUAAAAGUGUCAGUGUGUGGAGACUUAUGAUAGAGCAAAGAGUUAACAAGCACAUUUAUCAGAUAUGAAGGCUUUUAUUAUAAGGCUGCUAUCCAUCCUCUUCUUCACCUCCUUCUGCAGUGUGCUGCUUUGGCACUACUUUACUCACAGCCCCAGCAACCGACACCCAACCAGUAAUGCAGGUCAUCGUUGGGCACAUAAUACACAAGAAAUACCAAACAGUGAUGUAGCUCUCAGCGUUCCACGCAACAUUCAGAAACAUGAUGCAAACAGGAUUAACGCAGCUCCCAUCGGUCGACGCAUUGUAAAAAAAAUCCAUGCAAAGAGCAAAGGUGCAGCUGCCAGCAAUCUGCGUAACAUUAAACAAAGUCCUGCAGACAGCAAAGGUGCAGCUGCCAACAAUCCACGUAACAUUAAACAAAAUCCUGCAGACAGAAAGGAAAAUGAAAUUAUUGACAACCUGUUAGCAAAUUACACUUCCAAAUGGAAAAAGAAGGAGAGGAACAUUCAAUUCUUUAGGUCAUAUAUAAGCAGCAGUUGCAACGCCAUUUCCAAUGCAACAGUUACACAAGGCAACUCACCUGUGGGGACAAUAUUUACUUAUGAUGGAGAUAAUAAAAGGACAAUGACAGUGACAGCAGAUCUGUUCAACCUAUUUCCUAAGGAGAGCCCCUUUAAAAAAGCACCAUGGGACUCGUGUGCUGUAGUAGGCAAUGGAGGCAUCUUAGCCAACAGCAGCUGUGGAAAACAAAUCGACUCUGCUACGUUUGUCAUCAGGUGUAAUCUUCCUCCACUGAACAAUGGACAUGCGAGAGAUACAGGAAGCAAAACAAGCCUUGUCACAGCCAAUCCCAGCAUCCUUGUUGAAAAGUACCGAUCGCUAAAUGAGCACCGGCGGUCAUUUGUGGAGGAUAUGCAGUUGUAUGGGGACGCUCUACUCUUGCUACCUGCCUUCUCAUUUCGGCGAAACAUGGCUGUGUCCCUGCGUGUCCUCUACUCACUAGAGGACUUCAAUAGCAGCGGCCCACGGACCAUUUUCUUUAACCCGAGGUACCUGAACAGCCUGACAGACUUUUGGCGUGACCAGGGAAUUCGCUCAUUGCGCCUCAGCACUGGUAUCAUGAUGGCCAGCUUGGCACUGGAGCUCUGCAACAACGUCCAUCUGUACGGCUUCUGGCCCUUCGGAACACACCCGUACACCCACCAGCCACUCACCAACCACUAUUAUGAUAACCGACCAGUAAACAAAAGAAUGCACACGAUGCCAGCUGAGUUUGAAGCCUUGCUGAAUCUCCAUAACAAGGGCGUGAUCCAUCUGCACCUAGGGGAGUGCACAAAUUAAACUUUGCAGUACCGUCUAUUAAAAUGUUCCUCAAUUGUACCGUAAAUUUAUGUCAUCUUUCAGGUUAACUAUCCCACUUUUUUUUUUUUUUUUUAAAAAUCCAACCUAAUAAUAAAAAAUAUGCUAAUAAUAGUUGGUGCAAUUUGCAAGAAAAGAACAUUGAAUUAGUUAACAAAAUCCAUUGAAGCCAUUGCUUCUUAGUAUAAAGACUUUGUAAAAACGAAUAGAUCAGGGAUAAAUUCAUUUCUUUCUUAAAAGCAUUGAGAUAAUUAUAGCUGUAAGGAAGAAAUACUACUUUUAUCUACUGCUUAGUGAAGAUCACACUGUGGAACAAUGUAAAACCCCUUGCAGUUGGAGCAUUUCCAGUUAGUAGAAAGCAGCAGAGGUGGUAUCUAUGUGAAAAUCCUCUUAGAAAGAGUUCUUCAGUUAACUCCUGCCCUCUUAGAAAUGGUUCUUAGCUUCCUGAAAAGGUUCUAGUUUGGAACUCUUUCUCAUAGGGAAACACUCUCUUGUAUGGUUUUUACAUAGAAGCUUUAAGGGUUCCUCCAGAGAGAUCACCAAAGAACCAUUACUUAGGUUAGAUUUGGGUUAGAUUCGAAGGGAUAGAGUUGAACUUUUUCCUAAGAGUGGCAUAGCUUGCAUAGAAGCAUUAGAUAUUCUCAGAUUUUUGAUAUGCUCAAUGCGACUUAUUUAGUGUGUUUAGUUAUUUAAGAGAGGCGCACUGCUGAAAUGCUUUAAAUCUAGCAGGACAUAAUGAAGUAUAAUUUAAUGAAAAUAUUUUUGCCAGUUAAUUUUUUUCUGCGUUGCUCGUUAGCUCAAGAUGCUUGAGUUGAAUUCCUCAAAGAUCACGAUACAGCACUGAGUAGUGUUUUCCUUGCUGGAGCAGUGCAGUCAUAACUGCAUAAAAUAUCUGUUAGUUAGCACUGGAUUUCUCUGACUGAAGGAAGUCUAUGCAUGCACAAUAGUACGGAAAGGGCCAGUACUUUUCUGAGACAGCAUGUACUUAAUGUACUUAAUUAUAACUGUGAAAUACACUGUAAAGUACUAUGUGGUUGCACUUUAUCACAAAUAAUGCACAUCCUAUAAGGGAUGUUUUGGGGCUUUGCAUUUAUAGUAAAUGCACAGUUCCUUGAUGCUACUCUACCUAGCCACACACAUACACUACAGCAUAAAUUAUAUAUUUUCAAAGAAUGAAUGUGUGUUCCUUGGCUGGUUUAUUAAAAUGUUUUAGUUACUGUAAUGACUGUCAGAAUAGCACUCCCUUUACGGGUUUUUUUUUGUUUGUUUGUGUGGUUUUAUAUUUUUUUUCCUUUAGGUAUCCUCACAAAAUAAAUUGUACAAAUUCGAACAUA